AUGAGAGUAAGAGAUUAUGAGAUAAGAGAAAGAGGGAGGCAGAGGGAUGUAGAGCUGCAACUGCAAGGUGCUUGGCUGGAGUUCAUGAAACAGGCUAUGGAAGCGUUUGCUAGAAACAGUGUUACAAAAUGGGCAAGAAUAAAUUAUAUCCGCUUAAAAAGUACUGCUGCACCAAAAACGAAAACAUAUUCUCAUACGAUUCUCUCUCCAAAUACAAAAUUCCCGGCUAGAUCUAGUAACGCUAUAAAAGAACAAAUUCAGAAGACUGCACAAUUCGCAGAGCUCUAUAAUUGGCAAAGAGAUAAUCUGAAAGGUCCAGAAUUUGUUCUUCAUGAUGGUCCUCCUUAUGCUAAUGGAGAUUUACAUAUGGGUCAUGCUGUUAACAAGAUAAUUAAAGACAUUAACAACCGCAGCCAAGUUCUUCAAGGCAACAGAGUACAUUACAUCCCUGGUUGGGACUGCCACGGGCUCCCUAUAGAGUUGAAAGCCUUACAGAAAGCUAAAAAGAGUAAAAAAGAGAAACAAAUAUCAGAUCCAAUUCAUAUCAGAGAAAUUGCUCGGACAUUUGCUUUAGAAACUGUUCAACGGCAAAAAGAUGCUUUUAACAGAUGGGGUGUCAUGGCCGACUGGGAUGAAAACUGCUAUUUAACACUAAAUAAAGCUUAUAUACAAAACCAGUUGCGUCAGUUUUAUAAGAUGUAUAAGUCUAAGUUGAUAUUUCGCGCAUUAAAGCCCGUAUACUGGUCUCCAUCAUCUAAGACUGCAUUAGCAGAGGCUGAGCUAGAAUAUGAUCCUCAUCACAAAAGUGUAGAGGUGUAUGUCACAUUUCCUGUGGAGAAUUUACCCAGCGUGGUACAGCAUGCUACUGAAGGGAGGAAUGUUUCUGCAAUAAUUUGGACAACAACUCCAUGGACUCUUAUUGCGAACCGUGCAAUCUGCUUUAACUCCCAAAUGAAUUAUAGUUUAGUUAGUUUAAGCAACAGACCUGGAGAACUGUUUCUGGUUGGCAGUGCACUUAUUGAAGGGUUAGAGAAGAUAUUGGCAGUUGAGAUUAUCAAAGAGUUUGAAUUCAACGGACAGCAUCUCCAGGGAACUCAAUAUAGGAAUAAGUUAGUUGGCCAAACUCUUCCUUUCCUCGAAGGAGACCACGUGACAGAAGGCAAAGGAACAGGUCUAGUACAUACGGCGCCAGCGCACGGUCCUGACGAUUUUCUAAUUGCUUUGAAGAAUAAUAUGACAGUGGAAUGCAAUGUAGAUGAAUCAGGCCGCUACUUCAACUUAGAUCCUGAAAUCAAUGGUCUAUACGUCCUUUCGGAAGGGCAAGAAGCCAUCAUCAACCGACUGGGUGAUGACGUCAUUCGCCGCGGGGAGUACAUCCACUCGUAUCCUUUAGACUGGAGGACGAAGAAGCCGGUCAUCAUCAGAGCUAGUCAACAAUGGUUUAUCGAUACCGCUGCGCUGAAGGAAAAAGCAUUGGCAGCUCUUGAAAGGGUAGAGAUUUUGCCUCCAUCCAGCAGCGAGCAAUCUCGUCAAGGGUUUAGAGCUCAGUUGGAGAAGCGGCCAUAUUGGUGUAUAUCCAGGCAAAGAGCAUGGGGCGUGCCUAUACCCGCUGUGUAUAGCAGGGAUAAUGUUGUCGUGGAUGAGCGUAUCAUUGAAAAGCUGUGUACUCUCAUAGAGACUGGAGGUCCCGACGUGUGGUGGACGUGUGACGUCGAGGAAUUACUACCCGAUGAUGUCAUUAAAGAACAUAAUUUAGAUAAGAAACUUGUUACCAAAGGAGAGGAUAUAAUGGAUAUAUGGUUCGACUCCGGCAUAUCCUGGAGCACGCUAGAGGGUCGCACUGCGAGCUUGUACUCCGAAGGUGUUGACCAGCUCACCGGAUGGUUCCAGGCUUCACUGUUGACUUCUGUUGCUCUCACGGGUGAAGCACCUUAUAAAUCAAUUUUCGUCCACGGUUUUGUGGUGGAUGACAAAAAACGCAAGAUGUCCAAGUCUAUAGGGAAUGUCAUAGAUCCAACCACGAUCAUACAAGGCGGGAAGGAUAAGAAUAAUCAUCCUGCCUAUGGUGUGGAUACACUCAGAUGGUGGGUAGCAAGUCACUCCACACAACACUCUCAAAUCGUAAUCAGCAAGAAACUUCUAGAUGACUGUCAAACGGAAUUGAUUCGCAUCAGAAACAUCAUGAAAUACCUUCUCGGCGUCAUCAAUGACGUUCCAAAGACGGUUUUUGUUACAGAACCAACCCUUAAUUACUUUGACAGUUAUAUGGUAAACGAUGUUGACACAACAGUAAUGGACGCCAUUUUAGAUUUGAAACGGGAUAUUUGUGUGUUAGCGAAAAAUGAAAACUUAAAAAAGUUUUCAGCAAAUUUAAUAUUAAAUUCUGAUUAUUAUGACAAAAUAAGUGUUUUAAAUACUUCUGAUGGUAUAAACGAUAGUGUGUUAUGUGAAAUUUUAGAGCUGUCAUCUGUCAGUUUAGAAGUUAGAAAUGGCGGCAAAGCGUGGGAGAUUGAAUUAUCACAGAGUAAAAAUGAGGCGUAUCCCACCAAGAUACGAGUACGUGAAGCCAGCUUCUACGUGCUACUGCGCUCUCAGCCCUUUUUACCCAUCCGAAACUUGCAGUUUUGCUUACCCUAG